UGUAACCACGCCCACCACCACUUUGCGGCUGUCAGUCAGCUGACGUCAGCGUGUGCUCUGCAGGUGCGGGGAGAGAAGGCUGCUGCUGCAUUGGUGCAAUAGGAGCCGAGCAGAACACAGCGAGAUGGCAUCAGCUACAGACUCUCGUUAUGGGCAGAAAGAGUCCUCCGACCAGAAUUUUGAUUACAUGUUCAAGAUCUUAAUUAUUGGGAACAGCAGCGUGGGCAAAACCUCCUUCCUAUUCCGAUAUGCGGACGACUCAUUCACCCCGGCAUUUGUCAGCACGGUGGGAAUAGACUUCAAAGUGAAAACUAUUUACAGGAAUGACAAAAGAAUCAAGCUGCAGAUCUGGGACACUGCGGGACAAGAGAGGUACAGGACCAUCACCACCGCAUAUUAUCGGGGGGCUAUGGGCUUUAUCCUGAUGUAUGACAUCACCAAUGAAGAGUCAUUCAAUGCUGUACAGGACUGGUCAACUCAGAUCAAAACCUACUCUUGGGACAAUGCUCAGGUUUUACUGGUUGGUAACAAGUGCGACAUGGAAGAUGAGCGAGUAGUGUCAUCAGAGCGAGGAAGACAGCUGGCAGAGCACUUAGGUUUUGAAUUCUUUGAAGCCAGCGCAAAAGACAACAUUAAUGUGAAGCAGACAUUUGAACGUUUGGUGGACAUAAUCUGUGAAAAGAUGUCAGAGAGUUUGGACACAGCUGAUCCUGCUGUUACUGGAGUCAAACAAGGACCCCAGCUCACUGACCAGCAGGCACCACCACACCAGGACUGUGCCUGCUAAAGAACAUGCCUUCCCCUUGUACACCUACACACACACAAUACAGCAUUCCGCACCCCUGUCCCUUACACCUGUAUAGUGGUGACCUCACCCUCACUUACCUUGAAACCUGCAUAUCAUUCGAAGAUGACUUUGUCUGUUACAAACUUUUUAGUUAGGAUCUAUGUAGCAAAGCGAGCGUUUAAACUGCGUGGUUGAAUAAUAUAGUUUCAAAAAUUAAUUAUAUAUAAAUAAAUAAAUAAAUAUAUAUAUAUAUCUAUAGAGAGAGAAAGUUUAACAAAGUUGAGUGGGUAUAGCCAGCAGAGAAAUGAUUGAAGAAAUGCAAUCUUAGUACAGUAGUUUUCCAAUGCAAGCAUAGACAAGAACAUAUACUGGAGUAUUCACUGCACAAAAAAUGGUGUGGAAACAAAAAAGAAACGUACUGUACUAAAAUUGUUUUUUUGUUUUUUGUUUUUUUCAACCAUUUCUAUGACAGCACCCACCAGAGACUCUAUAAAUGCGUUCGCAUGAAACUUGAAUGUUCUCAGUUCACCCAGAGUUGCUUUUUGUGUGUGUGUGUGUGUGUGUGCGCAUACAAACACUUCCAUAUCGUAAACCUUUCACCACUCCUUUUUAUGUUAAGAAUAUUUAUAUCUAUAUAUAUAAUUUAUUUAUUAUACUUCUGUUUUCCUGUGUCUGAAUCUGCAAUACGUAUGUGAGAAUUUAUCUUCCUAUUUUAAAGGAGUGUCCUGUUCUAGGUUCCCGCCACAAGGAGGCAGCUGCUUAUAGAGGAGUGCUGUGGCCAUUAAUAGUCCUUUUAAUGUCCUGAUUUUAGGCAGUGAGAAAAAUAUCCUUUGAAAUAAAUGUUCUAGUUCUAUUUAAUUUUUUCGAUCUCCUAGAGUAUAUAAUCACAUAAAUAUAUAGCAAAUUGUAUGUUAAAUAUUAUAGGCUUUUUAAAUCUGCAUCUGAGUGCUGUGAAUUUCCUCUGCGAUUUUGUUGAUGUAGUUAAAUAGAACAAGUGAAAAGAGGAUCAUUUUGUUUUAACAAUUGUAUUUCUAAGAAGAGCCAGCUCUUUAUAAAACCUCUUUAAAGGUGCAACACCUCCAUUUUUUUUUCUUCUUUAAAAUAGUUUUUCCAUACACAAAGUCCAAGUGGAAUGAGCGAGAGCAUCAGAGUAUUACAAUAUCCAUCUGCCAGUAUCACUGCAGAUAUCUGAAAGGAACGUGUCAGACUGGCUGAGUAAUAAGAGCAGUGUAUGCCAAAAUGUACUUUUUGCUUAUUUUUAAAUAUAUUUUACUUUCUCUAGAGAAUCAGUUUUCCUUUGUUUCAUAUUCAAGCUCAUUGUAUUAUUAUUACGUCUUUAAUGAUGGAAAAUAAGGAUUGGGGAGUGAGCUAAGCAUGAUAAAUUGGAUGGCAGUACUCUUGCCGCACUCUAAUUGGGGGUAAUCUGGAGCUUCAAGCAUGGAGACACAAAACAAUAAUUGUGUGGGAUUGGCUGGGAUGAAACAAGCAUUGUUAGUUGCACCUUUAACAGAAGUGGUUUACUUGAUUUUUCCAAGUUAAGAAUAAAAGUCUUCAGUCUGCUGUAAA